GCCGUUGCUAAGGGCGGGGCGGCGGACCGGGGCCCCCCAACUCCGCCGCCCGCAGCGACUCGCUCGCUGCGCUCCGGCGGCAGCUCUGCACCGCCUGUUGCUCGCUCCUCCGGGCCGCCGCUUCCCGCCCGCAGCCCCCAGCGGAUAGGCGGCCCGAGAGGGCGCCAGAGCCUCCGGCACCUGCCCGCCCUCCUCCUGUCCCCGCCGCCCGAGCCGACCUCGCGACUCACACGGGCAUCCCCGAGACUGCGGAUCCCAGCGAACCUACGUAGCCCCCUCGCGCCCCGGACCGCAAGCUGAACCCCCAGACUCCGGACGCCGAGCUGCAAUGAACGCUACCUUCCUGAACCACAGCGGCUUGGAGGAGGUGGGCGGUGCCGGCGGGGGCGGAGGCGCCGGGGCCGCCCUCGGGAACCGCAGCCACGGACUGGCCACGUGGCUGGGCUGCUGCCCCGGGGGCGCGCCGCUGGCAGCCAGCGACGGGGUGCCCGCGGGGCUGGCGUCGGACGAGCGCAGUCUGUGGGUGUCUCGCGUGGCACAGAUCGCCGUGCUCUGCGUGCUGUCGCUCACCGUGCUCUUCGGCGUUUUCUUCCUGGGCUGCAACCUGCUCAUCAAGUCCGAAAGCAUGAUCAACUUUCUGGCGCAGGAGCGCCGACCCUCCAGGGACGUGGGCGCCGCCAUCCUGGGGCUGUACUGAGCGCCGGGCCCGGAGAGGAGGCGCAGCAGCGCGCCCAGGACCUUCCGCAGCCGCCUACGGGGAGCGACCGCCUCGGGGCGCGUGGUCCGUCGACACUGCCGCGGGACUCGCAGCGGCGGCGACGCGGGACUGGACUUCCACCUGGGCUCAGUCCAGCGCGCGGGGCGGGGGAGGCUUAUUUUAUUGCUUGUUUUUGUUUUAUACCUUUUUUUUUUUUUUUUUUAAGAAAAAGACAUCCAAGGCUGCGUGGGAGUGGAUAUGGGAUACAGUUUGCGGCUGGGGGGCUCUAGCGUGGAAAUCAGAUGCGUUUG